UAUUCAGUAGACCAUGUUCCAUCACAUUCGUCCCAUCUUCCCCCGCCAGCUGGUAUUCUCAAUUCCAAAACGUACAUUUCAUCGCUCUCCCAUCGCAAUGGCCGCGGGAAUCGUCGACACCAUCAAGCACGAUCACCGCGAGAUCGAGUCCUACUACAAUCAGAUCCUGAAGGCAUCCAAUCCCGAUGAACAAACCCGCUACCAGAACCAAUUUACCUGGGAGUUAGCCCGGCACUCCAUCGCCGAGGAGCUGGUAGUCUAUCCCGCCAUAGAGCGGUAUAUUACCGGGGGUGACAAACUGGCCGACAAAGACCGCCAGGAACAUCAGAAGGUCAAGGAACAGCUCAAGGCUUUCCAAAACAUGACGCCCGCCGACCCCGAAUUUCUCCCUACUGUGAAAGCCUUGAUGAGCGACCUCGCCCAGCACAUCAAGGAGGAGGAAGCGGAGGAUUUGCCCCAGCUGGAAGCCGCCCUGUCGCAGGAGGACAGCGAGAGCUACGCGAAAUCGUUUGCUCGGACAAAAAUCUUCGUCCCCUCGCGCUCGCAUCCCAGUGCCCCGGAUAAACCGCCGUUUGAGACGGCUGUGGGGUUGAUGACGGCGCCGAUUGAUCAUGUAGCGGAUCUGUUUCGCAAGUGGCCCCAUAAUACGACCAUGCCGAAUCCAUCUACCAAGUAGGUCAGAGCGUCGAUCGAAGAAGUCGCUAUUGAUGAGUUAGGAGUGGGUUAAAAGUCCUCUUGGUUUGGAUUCAGUGGUCCGAUGUCAGUGAUGUGUAUAUUAGGAAGUUGUAAUGAUUUACUUGAGCCGAG